AUGCUCACGGGCUUCGAACAAGAUGCUGACCCGAGGCUGUCAUUUUGGCAGACGAAACCCAGCCGGGCUCUCGUGUCUUGGAGCCUACAGAGGACAAGCCGGCACAUGUGCAUCUGGACUGCGGUACAGGACAGUGCCAGGCUUGAUCCUCGUUUCGAAUCGCUCUGCGAAGCUGAUGAUGGACGUGAUGGCAGCUCUUGGUUGCUAGAUCUCCCCGCGCGCGUACUUGAUAUCAGCCAGCUGCGUUGGCUUCUUCCCCAGAUUUUACCGUCGCCUAUGCGAAUUCUCAGCCGCUGGGCCAUGUGA